GACGAACUAAAUGAACGGUGAGCGGUAGCUUAGUUCAUUUGUUCAGUUUAAAAUCAGGUUAAAAAAGCAAUAAUAAAUAUACGAAAUUGGCUUGCACCAUGAGCGCACCAAGCAAUAAAAUGUCCGCAACGGAUCAGAUGCGGGCGAUGCUGGACCAAUUGAUGGGCACCACACGAAAUGGUGACGACGGACGCGGCCUCAAAUUUUCCGAUGCACGCGUCUGCAAAUCAUUUCUGCUGGACUGCUGCCCGCACGACAUACUGGCAUCCACGCGCAUGGAUCUCGGUGAGUGUCCCAAAGUGCAUGAUCUGGCUUUUCGUGCAGAUUACGAGAGUGCGAACAAGUCGCGUGACUAUUACUACGACAUCGAGGCUAUGGAGCACCUGCAGGCCUUCAUCGCGGACUGUGAUCGCCGCACAGACUCCGCCAAGCAGCGCCUGAAGGAGACGCAAGAGGAGCUCACGGCCGAGGUGGCGGAGAAGGCAAACGCGGUACAUUCACUGGCGGAGGAGAUUGGCAAAAAACUGGCCAAGGCCGAGGCACUCGGUGAAGCUGGUGAAGUGGAGGACAGCAUGGAGCUGAUGAAGGAGAUCGACGAGCUGCGCGGCAAGAAGAUCAAAGCCGAGCACGAAUACAGAACCUCAAUGCCAGCCUCAACCUACCAGCAACAGAAGCUGCGGGUGUGCGAGGUGUGCUCCGCCUAUUUGGGGAUACACGACAACGACAUUCGGCUGGCGGACCACUUUGGUGGUAAGUUGCAUCUUGGCUUUCUCACCAUACGCGAGAAGCUCAUCGAGCUGGAGAAGACAGCAGCGCCGCGCAAGGCCGAACUGAAGCGCUCGGGUAAGAUACCAGAUCGCGAAGAAGAUGGCCGCGGCCGGAAUCGCUACUUUGUAGGUGGACGUGAACUGGAUCGACGUUCGCGCGUCCAUCGCUCCCGCUCCAGAGAGCGCCAGCGGCAGCGAGACGCAGAGAAAUCAGACAGAUCGAAUGACAGGAGUGCCGACAGGGGAAGCAGCGCUCGAGAGGCAGAAAGUGAGCGAGGUAGUGCAGCCCAGUCACGGGGACGUGACAACGAUGGACGUGGCCCCAGUCGUGGCAGUGGGCCUGACCAAAGUAAUUCGCGUGAUCAUCGCGACAGGGAACGCGAUGUACGUCGGGACAGAGACCGCAGCACGCGCAACGACAGAGGACGAUUUGGCGGAGGUGGUGGUGGAGGUGGAGGUGGCGAUGGUGGCAGCAGAGGCGGUGGCGGAUUGUCGGAUCGUCGCAGUGACAGACGUCGCUCACGUUCCAGAGACCGUUCACCACGCAACGAUCGACGCAACAACUACAAUAAUAAUAAUAAUUUUGGCAACCGACGACGCUCCUUCUCCCGCGAACGCUAUCGUCGCUAGGGGCUGCUGACCUACGAACCGAGACAGAGGCGGAAUCCAGUUCCACACAUGGCUGAGUGUCCAGCGCACGUACGUAGCAAUAAUUACAAAACAAAAAAAAUACAAUAGAAAACACAACAGAAACGAAAUAAUAUAACUACAACUAAAACUAAAAGCUAUAGAACAGAAAAACAAAAGCAAAGUCAACUGAUUGCAUUAUUAUUUAAUUAAUAAAUGACUUGAAUACACAAUAGAUUCAGACAUUCAAAUAUUUUUGUAAAGUAAUAAUAUUAAUCCUUAUCUUUGAUUUUCAUCCGUGUAAACAGAAAAAUCAAAAACAUUACUUUGAGCUGAAACUCAGAGCCUAAUAAGUAAUUACUACAAUUAAUAUACUAGUUUCGACAACCGCCCCGGCAAGAGUUGAAUUGUAAAUGUGUACGGUACGUAGAGCCAGAGUCCCAACUAAACUACCACUACAUUUACAAUCCAAAACAAAAAAAACAAAAACAAAAUUUAAAAAAAAAAUACAAAAUUGAGCUAUUUAAUUUCUGUCAGCGCUGCUGCAGCUGUGGUGCGUAUUUGGACUGUAUUGUUGGCCCCGUUAGGGUAAGCCUAUUCUUUCACUCUAUCUCUCACUUAAAAAAUUGUAAAUUGUAACCUUUAAGCGUUUUCAACUUGAAGUCACUUUGCAGCCGUAAACGCUGGGUACGUAUUGAGUGCAAAUUAAAAACAAAAUCAAAACGUCCAACCUUUAAUGGUUUUUCGAAAUGUCUAGGGAUCUCGCUAAUUGCAGAGUGUAUGUGAUAGACAUGCCCGAUAUAUGCACAUGCAUAUAGUUUUUUGGUACGUAUUCGUCAUCUGAACCUAAACCGCCCCGAUGAUUAUUCAUUGGGAUUGCUUGUGUAUGUGUUGUUUUGGGUAUGUAUGCAUAUAUUGUUAUAAUCGUUAGAAUAUUAAAUACAUAGCGACAAAUUUUGGGUACGUAUGCGUCAAGCUGCAGCUGUAAAUGGAUUGUAGGGGUUCGUUCGAUGAGCACAUUUAACGUACGUAUUUCACAACAACAACAACAAAUCAAAAUUUUUGUAUUAAAAUCUCUCGUAACGGUUCAUGCAUACAUAUAACAACAAAAUUUCCAUAUUUGACUUAAUCUCUUUCUCAAAAUAAAGUUAUUAUGCCUAACGUACACAGAAAUGAUGCUGGCUAACCAAACUGGCUUAGUAUGUGAGUAUUUGGGCAUCAUCUAUUCUUCAAAAACGUAAAUUAAACAAUUAAUCCUCAAAAGUUAAACUGGGUGGCUCUUCUAUCGUUGUUUCUUUUAACAGCAUUUAAAGAGACGUUGAUUUUUAGUAUGGGAUUGAAGUUUAAUGAGUAAAGAUACGGCAUGGGGCAAAAGGGCCAUCAGUUUUGUGGGACACUUACAUAUAUGUAGGUAAGAUUUAUGCAAACAAUCUCUAAACUUUUCAUUUUGAAUUUUUAAACCUAAUUAUAUGUUUAAUAACCAUAUUGGACGUAAGCAGAUUUGUAAAAAUUUCACAUUUGUAACUUACUAUAACGCCAAAUAAAAUUUGUUUUUGGGUUCUACGCUAAUCAUUUUUAUAUUGGGAAAUUUUAAUAAUCGGUGCUUCACUGGAAGGAUAUACCUUGAUCUAAGGUGGGUCAAGAUGAACAAUGGGAACCAGCAACUGAUAUUAAUUUAGGAGCUUACUUCCUGGUGAGCUCCAAGAUAAAUGACGCACAUAGAUGUAAAUCAAUCUUUUGUGCAUGUCGCAAGUUAACAAUAAAAUUUAAAGAUUUUAAACUGAAUAAUUCUUGUAUCCCAAUUACAAUACAUAUUUAUCUUAGAUAUUUACAAUA